CCUGUUACCAACACCAUGCUCUGCUUCAGCCUCAGCUGCACACUGCUCUUGGCAGUGACCUUCCUGACAACAGGUGUUUCCACAGAGAGUGUUAUCACCUGUGAUGACGGCUUCAGUGUUCAACGCCUCAGUUGUGACGCUGGAGUGAUCAGUGUGCAGGCAGCUCUGUACGGACGUGCAGACACUGAGACCUGCAGCGAAGGAAAACCUCCACAACAGCUUUCCAACACAAAGUGCUCUCAGCAGGGCGUCGUGGACGUCCUCAAGAAAAGGUGUGAUGGAAAGAAAGUGUGUGAACUGAACACAAAAAUUGUCCGGACUUCUGAUCCCUGCAGAGGCAUCUUUAAAUAUUUGGAGACCAACUACACCUGCUUCCCUGCGGUUCACCUUGUUAUAUGUGAGCACACUUCGGCACUCCUACAUUGUGAUGUAGGUCAGGUCAUAUUUGUGUAUGGUACUGAUUAUGGGCGCCGUGACCAAACAACAUGCUCCCACCAACGACCUGCCUCUCAGCUCCAACAGAUCGACUGCUCAAGUCCAACUAGAAAAGUGGCUGAAAGCUGUAAUGGGAAAAACAGUUGUAUUAUCAGAGCGAGCAACUCAGUGUUUGGAGACCCCUGUGUCGGCACUUACAAGUACCUGGAGGUGGCUUACAGCUGUCAAUAUCCUGUCUGAACAUAUUGGAAUCACAGUAAUAUCACAAUGUUCUCUUGAUGAGAAAGAUUGACACCCAAUCAACAAAAUGUCUCAAGUGCAG